AUGACAGAUGGUAUUUAUAAAACUGAAGUAUUUCAGCCUGCUCGAGAGUACUUGUUGAGGUUUCAUGACGAAAGAGAAUUGGUUAUCAGGUUAUGCCGGGAUAUCAACUCACAUUCGAAAAAGUUGAUUUUCACUCUCCAUCGAGUUCAAGGAAAUAUAACGCAAGAAUUAUACGGGCAGUUAUUUUCCAAUGCUAAGAUCAUUAGUGAAAAAUUGUCUAUUCUUUAUAACAAAUUUCUCUAUAAUGAGAACUUCAUUCAAUUAAAGUCCACCAUAUCGAACUCGAUAGAGGAAAUGAUUGAAGCCUUUACAUUUGCAUAUUACAUUAUGAAUGGAGAUAUUUUACCUUAUGAUAGGUUUUUAUAUGUUGUACGGUGCCUCAUACUAAGUUACAAUUAUAAGUUAAAUCUGUUCAAUACAAAGCUAUUAAAUCAUGCAUUAUGUGAGCUCUUGUUUGAUUCGGUAGAAAACACUAUAACAGAAGAAUUAGAAGCUCCGUAUGAUAGUGUUGAGUUUGAGGUUGAUUUCAUUUUGCCUGGAGACUAUUUGAUGGGCUUAUUUGACUUGACGGGUGAAAUAAUGAGGUAUUCUAUAACACAUAUUGUCGAUGAGAGACUGAAAACUGUGAAUCCCAAAUCAUUGGAGAAUUUGAAGUUUAUGAAGUACUUGAACAAGUAUUUAAGAGAGCUCUUUGCUAAAUUUCCGAACGUUAAUAUCAAUAGAGGUAUUUUCAGUGUUGAGUACAAUUACAAAUCAGGGUCUAUAAUGGAUAAGAAGCUUCAUACAUUAGAACAAUCAAUAAAUAAAGUUCAAACUAUGAUAUGCGAUAUGACAAUCAAAGGUAAUGAGGCAAUAGAAUAUGAUGAUUAUAAUAUACACAAUUAUUAA